AUGGCUAUUUCUGGAACUCGAGAUCGAAAUGAUUGUCGGUGGUCGUUUCUGGGCUUCCUUGCACUAAAGUUGAAUGCGGGUAAUUCUGAUGUCCUGGCAACUGGGGAGACAUUUUUUAUACCAUCUGUUUCCCAGACCCAAAUAGAGGAUGAUGAUGAUGAUGAGGAUGUGUACUGCCCUACUACUGACCUUUGGGAAGGCUUAAGUAAUAGUGAAGAGGAGCUAAAUUUAUCUGACAUCACAGCACCUACGGGGGUCACCGAUGAGUUGUUGGGCUUGAAUGUCACCAUAAAUACCGGUAGAACUAGUGGUGACGGAAGUCCAAGCAAGAGAAAGAGAGUGGUAGGCGUUGGUGGGAGGAAAAAGCAAAAAAUCCUUGCCUCAAUGAAAAUAAUAGAUGCAAUGAGUGAAAUGGCUAAGGAUAAUAGAGCUAGAACAGAGACAGUGAACAAGAUUUUGGCAAAUGACAUAGGAGUUUCUGAGGUUGUGGCUCACCUAAAUGGACUCCCAGAAGUUUUUGAUGAUAAAGAUUUGUAUCGAAAAUGUGUCAAUCUUGUUCUGUACAAGCCUAUACAAGAUGCUUACUAG